AUGGCUCCACACGCGGAUGCAGCUGCCAAUGGCUCUGUUAACGGGUCGGCCCCCAAGCCCGGGUCUGAUCUCUUCAAGGUCGAAUCUCCCAACGUCAUCUACACCGACAGCGAGAUCAACACCAAGUAUGUCUACCGUACGACUGCGGUGUCCAAGACCGAGGAAGGUAGCUUCGUAGCCACCCCCAAGGAAACCGUGUAUGACUUCAAGGUCGACCGCAAGGUCAGCAAGACCGGUGUCAUGCUUGUCGGUCUGGGUGGAAACAACGGAUCUACCGUCACGGCUGGUAUCAUUGCCAAUCGUCGUGGUUUGACCUGGGAUACCCGUGAGGGAAAACGCUCUGCCAACUACUAUGGCUCCCUCGUCAUGGGUUCCACCGUCAAGCUCGGUACUGACGCUAAGUCGGGAGAAGAGAUCAACAUCCCCUUCAAGAACAUGCUCCCCAUGGUCCACCCCAAUGACCUCGUUGUUGGCGGUUGGGACAUCAGCGGCAUGAACCUCGCCGAUGCCAUGGACCGUGCAAAGGUCCUCGAGCCAACCCUCAAGGACUUGGUCCGUGAGGAGAUGGCCGCUAUCAAGCCGCUCCCCAGUGUCUACUAUCCUGAUUUCAUUGCUGCUAAUCAGGAGGAGCGUGCUGAUAACGUUCUCCCUGGCUCCAAGGCUUGCUGGGAGCAUGUCGAGCAGAUCCAAAAGGACAUUCGUGACUUCAAAGCCUCCAACGGACUUGAUAAGGUUCUUCUCAUGUGGACUGCCAACACUGAGCGAUAUGCCGAUAUCAUUGCAGGCGUCAACGACACUGCUGACAACCUCCUCAAGUCUAUCAAGGAGGGACACCUGGAAGUUGCUCCAUCCACUGUCUUCGCCGUGGCCUCGAUUCUCGAGAAUGCUCCAUUCAUCAACGGUUCUCCCCAGAACACCUUUGUCCCUGGAGCCAUCGAGCUCGCCCAGAAGCAUGGCGCCUUCAUCGGUGGUGAUGACUUCAAGUCUGGCCAAACCAAGAUGAAAUCUGCCCUUGUUGACUUCCUGAUCAGCGCCGGUAUCAAACUCACCUCCAUUGCCAGUUACAACCAUCUCGGAAACAACGACGGCAUGAACCUGAGCUCCCAGAAGCAGUUCCGAUCCAAGGAGAUUUCCAAGUCCAAUGUCGUUGAUGACAUGGUUGCCGCCAACUCUGUGCUGUACAAGAAGGGUGAGCACCCAGAUCACACCGUUGUGAUCAAGUACAUGCCUGCUGUCGGUGACAACAAGCGUGCUCUCGACGAGUACUACGCCGAGAUCUUCAUGGGAGGCCACCAGACCAUCAGCAUCUUCAACGUCUGCGAAGAUUCUCUCCUUGCCGCUCCCCUGAUCAUUGACCUCGUCGUCAUCGCCGAGAUGAUGACUCGUGUCAGCUGGAAGGCUGCCGAGGGCGAGGAGUACAAGGGCUUCCACAGCGUCCUUAGCAUCCUCAGCUACAUGUUGAAGGCCCCAUUGACCCCUACCGGAACUCCUGUCGUCAACGCUCUCGCCAAGCAACGUUCGGCCGUCACCAACAUCUUCCGUGCCUGUGUCGGCCUGCAGCCAGAGUCCGACAUGACUCUCGAGCACAAGCUGUUCUAA